GGAAUGGGAGACAAGCACACGGACCGUUUUUGAGUUAUUGAGGGUUCCGACUGACAGAAAGGAGGCUGAGAAAUGGAGCCACGACUGGUUGGGUGUCAGAUCGAAAAGGCUCCAAGAUUCACCCUCGUUGAAAUCAGCAGGUCGCAAUGUUCACUUCCAAGGUCAUCUUCGAAAUGAGUUCCCUUUCGCGUCUGUUACCACCGCUGUUGAUAACGGCGCUAUGCCUUCUUCAUGGCGCAUACGCUCAAUACACACCAUACUUGACUGUCAAGCAACUGAAUUUCACUGGAGUAGUUGGUCAGCAAAACCAACUUUUGUUCCAAGCCAUGUCAGACGACUACGCGCUCAAAUGGGAAAAUCUCAAAGAAGUUUACGGUUGUCGUCUACGAUUCGUCAUCGCCCACCAGUCAUUCAACACAUUGAUCCGUCAAUGCCCCGAAGAAUUUGGCAAGAUUGCCAACGACUCGGAUACCUUUGCGAUAUAUCCAACGCUACCCUUUGCGGGGGCAUAUGCUAUUUCUGCACAAUUCACAUUCCUUGUCCCGAAUAUGACUCUUAACGUAUCAAUGCAGCCGACCGAAAGCACUCUAUAUGUCACCGUGCCUUCUGGUAAUGCAGCCAUUCCUCCACCAAAGUCGAUUGAUCAGCGGGUGACGGGAGUGAUUCCCGGGCCGAACGACACACUGCCAGAUCCAUGGAUUUAUCAAGACCACGCCGUACAAGUUCCUGGACCGAAUGACAAUAUCGAUCCAAAAAGUUGGGUCACGAAUGGAACCUUCCGUGUGGUACUUUCGAGCCCACAGAGCGGCUCGAUCAAAAUAUCAUACUGUCGACCUUUUACGGCCAAAUAUUAUGUAACGAAUUCCACCGGACAUGACAUAGCAACGUCCGGAUUCCAAAAGUUUCACGGUCAAGAUGCUCUUAUUACAUUGGUGAGAGGAGACGAUUUCACACGAUCUCAGCAACUGCUAGGAUAUCGACAAGGAGACGGUGUGAAGUGGCAGCCAGUGUGCUCAGUCAAUCAGGAUCCCCCUGCUUUCGACAGAACUUCGAAUACCAUUGGUUUUGGGCUUUACUUUUUUAAGGGCGGCCAGUACAACGUGUUUGUUCAAACAAAGAUAAAUGGGUAUAUUGUAACAUCCAGCUUUCCUCUGAAGGUGUCUGACGAGGAGCAACCUGGGAUAAAUGGGGUUCCACUCUCAACAAAGAGAUUGGCGUCCCAAUCAAAUUGGCUAUGGUCGUGGGUAAUAGCUGCGAUUGGUUUGACCAUUUGGGAGUCCUAAUAUUUGAUCGACACCGCCAAAUUUUGGAUUGAAAUUUGGUGUUUGAGAUAUUCUCCAUAGUGGAUAUACAUAGCAAUAAUAUAGGUAUCAUAUAGUAGACAGUACAAAAAAGUGGGGAGACCAAAGGUGAGAUGGAUAGUAGAUGUACAAUGUGAAAAGAAAAUCUGUUCACAGAGAUUCACUAUUAUUGGUCACUGGGAGGGGAUGCUUUGGAGGACUUGACGGAUCAAUCGCCCAAUGUUUAGCCAUAGUAAAUCGAAUGCGUUCAUCC